AACAAUCCUACUAAUCGUUAUCGCCUUAUGCAUAUCGAAAUCGGACGUGAAAGAAACGGCUCCAUAGAAGUAAUAUAUAAAAAACUCUGCAAACACUUCGGGUAUUAGCAAUUAUUUGUAAUUAACGCGUGCGGUAUUCAGUGGCCUGGGAAAUAGUUGUUUUUCCACGAUUACUGUGUUUUUCCAACCGCCGCAGCAGCAUAUGUACACACACAUACUCGCGCACCCCCCGCCCCACACACACACACGGAUAGGUGUAUUAUAAUUAAAGUUGUGCUUUUAAGUGUGUGUAAAGUGCAAUAGCCCAGUGAAAAGUGGAAGUGAAAUAGUGCGUUCCAGGAGCUCCAGGAGUUAGUGUCAACCCAUGUCUUCCCGUUCGCCAGUGGCUUUUCGAAGGGCUGGGGCUAAGGGUUAAGGGCUGAGGAUACGGACUCGGACUCGCCGGAUAGCGGAUAAGGAUACGGAUAAGGAGUGCCAGGCGGAGAUUUAGAUUCGGGAGGAACAAGGAGUUGCCAAUCGCUUCGUCUCCGCAAUUAUGCAUUGGCCGGAGGCUGCCUGCAGCAAGCUUAGAGUGGCCGCCAGCAACUGCCACACAUAACCUGACCCAUCAACAACAUCUUGAUCAACUCCAAGCCCACAAGUCCACUGCCCCCAUACUGAGCCACCGCCUCUUGCCUCCAGGAGCAGCCGCAGGAGCACAGGAGCAGUCCCAGCUGGAGGAGCAGGAAUCCCCCCGCGGCGGAGGAGCAGCCAGUCUGGAAUGUUGGAACACCCCCAGCGGUUCGUGCGCAACAUCCCCGACUCCUCAGCCAGUUCGCAGCAGUAUCCGCAGCAGCAUUCGCAGCAGCACCCGCCGCAGCUGCCGCAGCACCAGAAUCUGAGUUUGAACCCCAACCAGAACCAGAUCUACCAGUACCGUCCCCAGGUGCCCCUGCCAGGAUCGCCUGCCCACCACCAGCGGCACUCGUCGCUCUCCCAGCAGCAGCAGCAGCAGCAGCACCAACAACAACAGCAACAGCAGCUGCACCACCACCGCACCCUGUCCACCGCCUCCUCCUGCAGCGCCCAGCACAAAAGUGUGACCUUCGGCCAGCCAGCGCUCGACUGCGGCGGCAACGGCAGCGGCAGCGCCAACGGAAGCGGUAGCGGCAACUCCUCCAGUGGCAGUGCCGCCGGCAACGCUGGAACCCAACCAAUGGCGGGCAACAUGAAGCACGGCAAAUCUCAGGAAGACGUCUGCUACGUGGUAGCCAAGUACGACUAUGCGGCGCAGGGGGCCCAGGAGCUGGAUCUGCGCAAGAACGAGCGCUACCUGCUGCUGGACGACUCGAAGCACUGGUGGCGCGUCCAGAACAGCCGAAACCAGUCCGGCUACGUGCCAAGCAACUAUGUGAAGAAGGAGAAGCCCUCGCUCUUCGACAGCAUCAAGAAGAAGGUGAAAAAGGGCUCCGGAUCAAAGACGCUGCCCAACUGCUCUCCCUCGCGCCAAAUUGAGAGUCCAACCAUGUCGCGCCGACUGCCACCCGAUCCCGCCGAGGCCAUCGGCUCGGCUGUGGUCAAGUACAACUACCAGGCCCAGCAGCCCGACGAACUCUCCUUGACCAAGGGCACGCGCAUCCUCAUCCUGGAGAAGUCCAACGACGGCUGGUGGCGCGGGCAGAGCGGCAACUCCGUCGGCUGGUUCCCCAGCAACUACACUACGGAGGAUUGUGAUAACGACGGCGAGAUCCACACCUACGCCAUGGCCGAGAACGUGCUCGACAUUGUGGUCGCCCUGUACAGCUUCACGUCAAACAACGACCAGGAGCUGUCGUUCGAGAAGGGCGAUCGACUGGAGAUUGUGGAUCGGCCGGCCUCCGAUCCGGACUGGUACAAAGCUCGCAACAACCAGGGCCAAGUCGGUUUAGUUCCACGCAAUUAUCUCCAAGAGUUGAACGACUACCUGGCCACGCCCUAUCGCAACACGAGUGCCAGCGCCGGAAACGGGAACGGAGGGAGCAACGGCGGCGCAGGAGGAGGCGGCGGCGGAAGUGACUCGAUGGAGCGCCGCAACGAGGGCAACAAGCCUCCGGCUCAAUCCUCGGGCCAGCCGAUCGAACGGCCCAAUUUGGCGGGCAAGUCGUGGUACUACGGAGCCAUCACCCGAAGCCAAUGCGACACGGUGCUCAACGGGCACGGGCACGAUGGCGAUUUCCUCAUCAGAGACAGUGAGACUAACAUGGGCGACUACUCGGUUUCGUUGAAGGCACCCGGACGCAACAAGCACUUCCGCGUGCACGUGGAGCAGAACAUGUACUGCAUCGGGCAGCGAAAGUUCCACUCGCUGGACCAACUGGUCGACCACUACCAAAGAGCGCCCAUCUACACGAAUAAGCAGGGCGAAAAGCUGUAUCUGGUGCGGUCGCUGCCGAAGGCCAAUGGCACGUAAACAGGAUCCAGGAUCAGUGCGCCGGAAUCUCAGCACCCAUAUUACCCGUAUUCAAGCAACACACAUAUGCAACACAAAGAUAUACCAAGGCUAACUUGUAGGCAGCUCAGCUCAGCGCGACGUGUAGUUCAAUGUAGUUCGGUUCAGAUAUUCGGUUAUCAACUCGGUUUUGGAUUUGGAUUAGAUCAGACCAGCGAGUGUAUAUAGAUCGGUUGGUUCAACGCGACCCGUACAUAUAGCCACGGAGAAAGGACCUUUUUGUACUUUUAUAUAAUUGAAUUAACUAAAUUACCGCUUGAUUAUCGCAUUGGCAAUGUUAACGAGUAACAAAUAACUAAAUAACUCAUCGCAUUCGAUUCGAUUUGAGCAAUUCUAGAUGUCAACAUGCAAUACAUUUACAUAUUUACAUACCAUACAUGUGCACAUAUUAUACUAUAUUCUAAAGCAAAGUUGUAGCAGACUUAUAAUGUACACAGAGAAAAGAGGCCGCUUUUAAUCAGAACACUCGAACAUGUAAUAUGAUAUUCGAUAUGAUGUCUAUUAUCCAUGCGUUAUCCAUAAGCAUACUGUGUACGACCGUAACCAAUCCGCAGAGAUAUCGACUUCGUACAUGUAUAUACAUAGAUGAGACAUCCUGAUCCUGGAUCCAGGACACUCAACCAACCACACAGCCAGAGUGAGGAAUACGCUCCUACAGUCAUUUUUGUUAUUUAUAAAUUUAAUUAUCGACUACGAUAUAACCCCGCAAAACAAAUACAAUUGAUAUCUCCGGGCUGACUCUGCCCCUGCAUAAUUAUAAACAUAAUCUAAUCGUUUGCUGGCGAGGAGAAGGUGGAGACUUGGAGACGGCGACUUAUACGCGUAUAAGCCAUACUGUACAGUUGAUGCAAUGCUAACCUAGGCACUCUUUCAUCUCUAGAUAUACGAGUACUCUUAUUUACGACUACGACAGUAGAACGCAGCGAUUCCAGCUUUAAUCUUUGUUUUUAGUCAUUGCUAUUAUUUGUUUUCCUACGUUUACGAUUUAUUAUUACCUUAACGAUUAUUAUUUUGUUUUUAUUUAGCUCUAGGAAAGUAAUAAGCGAAGGAUCGAAGCGAUAGGAGGAGUGGCUGCCAGUUAAAUGACUUUCUUUCAUACGCGAAUUUUUAAAUUAUAAACCUAUAUUAUACGAGUACGUAAUAUAAAACUUAAAUAAUUUAUAGUAAUUUAAACAAUUGCUAAACCAACUAGUACUAAAGACGAAGAGAACAAACUAGAAAUUAUACCGAAACGGAAAUGAAUAAAAAUACAUUCAAAUAAAACAUAA